GCGCGGCUCAGCAGAUCCCACUCUCUCCGGCGUCGCUACUCACACAGGCUUCCAGCCGCCACUGGGCGUCCUCUGUCUGCUGCAGCGGCGGCCGAGGCGGUAGUGGGAAAGGCAGCUGCAGCCGGGCCCGGUCUCCUAGCUCCGUGCCGUGGACAGAGUCCGAGAAAAGCGGAGAAGGAGGACGCGGAGGCGAGGAGGAGCCGCGCCGCGCCCGGCUCCGUGCGGCGGACUGUCUCCGCUCCCGGUACCGCGGCCCCAGCUGCAGCCCCAGGCGCACCACACUAACCAGAGAGGGAGCUUCUCUUGGUCAUCAAACAAGCAAAUCAUCCCAAAAAAGGUCCUUCGCAGCCAGCAUGAUACCAUCUUUUUAACCCUUGGAGGAGAGAGGGCUCACCAUGCUCAGGUUCUUCUGAGACGGGUCUCUCAAAGGGAAGUGCCUGUAAGAAGCAUCUGGCAUGUCGAAGCUGCCCUGUCUUCCACGGAGUUUCCUUUGUGAACAGCUUCCAUUCAAAAGACUUCUGUGAACACACUGUUUCAGUCAAGUCCGCAGAGAACACCUUUGUCUUCUGAUCUACUGGAGGUCUUCAGGAAGCCACUAGAGAAUGAGGAUCUACAAAAAUGAGGCUGUAAACCAAGAAAGCGGAAACCAUGGGAUCCAGGAAACGGGGGACCCAGCACAGGCGAGAGGCACAGGGAUUUCGCAAGAUGCUGUUAAAAAGAAGCCCCAGGACAACAGACUCCGAUGAUCUCCGUGGGGACCCUGCUCUCAGCCAUCAAAGUGCUCCCGCCCCUCAAGAUGCUCGUAAUUCAGUAGUAGAUGCAGGUGGCGUUGAAAGCAUCACCCUGUGUCCCCAGCAGCUUCCUCAGAUGAUGGCUGCAGCAGCCGAUGGUUUGGGGAGUCUGGCAAUAGACACGACCCAGCUCAACAUGUCGGUGACAGAUCCCAGCGCCUGGGCCACCGCCAUGAAUAACUUGGGCAUGGUUCCCGUGGGGUUGCCUGGACAGCAGCUUGUAUCGGACUCGAUCUGUGUCCCAGGCUUUGAUCCAGGCCUCAACAUGAUGACUGGGAUCACCCCAAUUAACCCAAUGAUACCGGGCCUGGGGCUGGUGCCACCCCCACCGCCGACGGAAGUGGCCGUCGUCAAAGAAAUAAUCCACUGCAAAAGCUGUACUCUUUUCCCUCAAAAUCCAAAUCUUCCCCCUCCCUCCACGAGAGAGCGACCUCCUGGGUGUAAGACGGUGUUUGUCGGAGGAUUACCAGAAAACGCUACCGAGGAAAUCAUCCAGGAAGUCUUUGAGCAGUGCGGUGACAUUACAGCGAUUCGGAAAAGCAAGAAGAAUUUCUGUCACAUCCGCUUUGCCGAGGAGUUCAUGGUUGAUAAAGCCAUUUACCUUUCUGGUUACCGGAUGCGAUUAGGGUCCAGCACGGACAAAAAGGAUUCGGGCCGACUGCACGUGGACUUCGCCCAGGCCAGGGACGACUUCUACGAGUGGGAAUGCAAGCAGAGGAUGCGCGCCCGCGAGGAGCGGCACCGGCGCAAGCUGGAGGAGGACCGGUUGCGGCCGCCCUCGCCGCCGCCCAUCAUGCACUACUCGGAGCACGAGGCCGCGCUGCUGGCCGAGAAGCUGAAAGACGACAGCAAGUUCUCCGAGGCCAUCACAGUGCUGCUGUCCUGGAUUGAGCGAGGGGAGGUGAAUCGGCGUUCCGCCAACCAGUUCUAUUCAAUGGUGCAGUCGGCCAACAGCCACGUCCGCCGGCUGAUGAAUGAAAAAGCCACCCAUGAGCAAGAGAUGGAGGAGGCCAAGGAGAAUUUUAAAAACGCCUUAACCGGGAUCCUCACUCAAUUUGAGCAGAUUGUGGCCGUUUUCAACGCUUCUACCAGACAAAAAGCUUGGGACCAUUUCUCGAAAGCUCAGCGCAAGAACAUAGACAUUUGGCGAAAGCAUUCUGAGGAGCUCCGGAACGCUCAGAGCGAGCAGCUUAUGGGCAUCCGCCGCGAAGAAGAGAUGGAAAUGUCAGAUGAUGAGAACUGUGAGAGCCCCACAAAAAAGAUGCGAGUCGAUGAAUCAGCCCUGGCCGCUCAGGCCUACGCACUGAAAGAGGAGAAUGACAGCCUCCGGUGGCAGCUGGACGCCUACAGGAAUGAGGUGGAGCUGCUGAAGCAGGAGAAGGAGCAGCUUUUCCGAACGGAAGAGAACCUCACCAAGGACCAGCAGCUCCAGUUCCUGCAGCAGACCAUGCAAGGCAUGCAGCAGCAAUUGCUGACCAUCCAGGAAGAGUUAAACAACAAGAAGUCAGAACUGGAGCAAGCAAAGGAGGAGCAGUCACACACACAGGCGUUACUGAAGGUCCUCCAGGAACAGUUGAAAGGUACCAAGGAACUGAUCGAGACCAAUGGCCACAGCCACGAGGACACAAACGAAAUCAAUGUGCUGACAGUCGCACUGGUCAACCAAGACCGAGAGAACAAUAUUGAGAAAAAAAGCCAAGGCUUAAAAUCAGAGAAAGAAGCUCUGCUAAUCGGCAUCAUCUCAACGUUUCUGCACGUCCAUCCUUUCGGAGCCAAUAUAGAGUAUCUUUGGUCAUACAUGCAGCAGCUGGACUCCAAGAUAUCUGCAAACGAAAUCGAAAUGCUUUUGAUGAGGCUGCCACGCAUGUUUAAACAGGAAUUCACAGGCGUGGGAGCAACGCUGGAAAAGAGGUGGAAGUUGUGUGCCUUUGAAGGAAUUAAAACUACCUAACUGUGAAGAGCAGCAAAAGUUUCUGGAAAUGAAACCACCUGAACCCAGCCAGGGCUGUGCAGGGUGAGCCCAGGAGGUCUGGGGCUGGUCCAGCGCGGGACCUUCGUGGAGCCACCAGAGCCUGACUCUAGCUGUAUCUGUGGCGUUCUCUUGUGAGUGGAAAUGUAAUUGUGUACCAGUUCCCUAAAAUAAACAAAGCUUCAUACUGUGACAGAUCCGUUUGCUAUGAAAACCAAACAAUGAUUCCACAGUCAUCAUGAUGGCAAAACCUUAAAAUACGCUACAUUUGAGAAUAGCUCACCAAGCAAAAUAUUUGACUUUAAUGAUGGUGUGGCAAUGGUUGUUGCUAGGCUACAGAGUUGUAUAUGUAAUGUAUAGCUGAAACCAUUCAAUGACAUUUUUCCUGAAAGUCUUUCUGUUUUAGUAAAAAAAAAAAAAGGAAGAAAGAAAGAAAAAAAAGUAAUUUUA